CCGAACCGUAUAUCUGCUCCGUCUAUCGUGGUUUAUUCUAAGAAACGUGAUUAAUUUCAAAGUGUGAGACCUGGGAAAAUCAUUGCCGAGCUCCUUCUUCGUAAUUUCCGUGUGUUCUUCAUCCUCUUUUCCCUUUCCCUUUCCUCUUCUACAAGCGCAUCAUCAGUCCUUCUCUCUCUCUCUCUCUCCGUCGACGCAGCGGCGAAGUAGUAUCUUCUGCUGUUCGUCGGAGUACUCGGAGUGGCAGUGCGGUGACGGAUAACAACGCGCGACUGCGAGACGUAACGUGGCGAAAAUACAGCCUCUCCCAAGAUGUAUUCCAAGUCGAUGAGCAACCACCAGGCGAACAAGGAGCACGUGCUCGCCGUGUCCCGGGAUUUCAUCGCGCAGCCUCGUCUCACUUAUAAGACAGUAUCUGGAGUAAACGGCCCAUUAGUGAUAUUGGACGAAGUAAAAUUCCCGAAAUUUGCUGAAAUCGUACAACUGAAGCUCGCCGAUGGCUCUCUACGUUCCGGCCAGGUGUUGGAAGUUUCUGGUUCCAAAGCAGUGGUCCAAGUUUUCGAAGGCACAUCUGGCAUCGACGCGAAGAACACUCAUUGUGAAUUCACCGGUGACAUUCUGCGUACCCCAGUGUCCGAGGACAUGUUGGGUCGUGUCUUCAACGGUUCGGGAAAACCGAUUGACAAGGGACCGCCGAUUCUCGCGGAAGAUUAUUUGGACAUUCAGGGACAACCUAUCAAUCCAUGGUCUCGCAUCUAUCCAGAGGAAAUGAUUCAAACCGGAAUAUCGGCCAUCGACGUUAUGAACUCCAUCGCUCGUGGCCAGAAGAUUCCCAUCUUCUCUGCUGCCGGUCUGCCGCAUAAUGAGAUUGCCGCACAAAUCUGUCGUCAAGCAGGUCUCGUGAAAGUGCCUGGCAAAUCGGUUCUUGACAGUCACGAAGACAACUUUGCCAUCGUAUUCGCGGCUAUGGGUGUCAACAUGGAGACCGCGCGUUUCUUCAAGCAGGACUUCGAGGAGAACGGCUCAAUGGAAAACGUGUGCUUGUUUUUGAAUUUGGCCAACGAUCCGACAAUUGAAAGAAUUAUCACACCUCGUCUUGCCCUGACAGCGGCCGAAUUUUUGGCGUAUCAGUGCGAGAAACACGUGCUGGUCAUUCUCACGGACAUGUCCUCGUAUGCUGAGGCGUUGCGCGAGGUAUCGGCUGCUCGUGAGGAAGUACCAGGUAGACGCGGGUUCCCCGGCUACAUGUACACCGAUCUCGCCACGAUUUACGAGCGCGCCGGCCGUGUGGAAGGACGCAAUGGCUCUAUCACGCAGAUCCCAAUUCUCACUAUGCCGAACGACGACAUCACUCACCCGAUUCCUGAUCUUACCGGAUAUAUUACCGAAGGUCAGAUUUACGUUGAUCGUCAGCUGUACAACAGACAGAUCUAUCCACCUGUGAAUGUACUACCAUCUCUGUCGCGUCUCAUGAAGUCUGCCAUUGGCGAGGGUAUGACACGAAAGGAUCACUCUGACGUAUCCAAUCAGUUGUAUGCAUGUUACGCCAUUGGAAAAGACGUCCAGGCGAUGAAAGCCGUCGUGGGAGAAGAAGCGUUGACACCGGACGAUUUGUUAUAUUUGGAAUUCUUGUCCAAAUUUGAGAAGAACUUUAUCUCGCAAGGCAGCUACGAAAACCGCACGGUCUUUGAAUCGCUAGACAUUGGCUGGCAACUUCUGCGAAUCUUCCCCAAGGAGAUGCUUAAACGAAUCCCAGCUAGCACCCUCGCGGAGUUCUAUCCAAGAGAUUCUCGUCAUUAAUCACCAUUUUAUUUUUAUCAUCUUAUGCGUAAGCUUAUUUCUCUCAAUGGAAUUACGCGUACAAGUCCGAUUUACUUUCUCUUUGGCAUUAAUUGGAAUAAAAUACGGCUGUUCUUGUAUAUUUACAAGAAAGAUUGAUGUAAUAAGAGAAUGAUUAAAGAGAAUAGUUAAACGGCCUAUACGCGUUUGAAUUAUAACGAAAAAAGAUGAAAGAGUAACGCGCCUUUGUUGCAUACUAUUAAAAAAUAUGGACAAAAUCGUAUAUCAUUUUUUGAUGUUUGUGCAAUGAGAAUGUAAAAUGGAUAAUAACGAUGUUGAUAUGUAAACUGAAUAAUUACAUAUGCUUUAUUCUGGGAGAUCUUACAUGCAAAAAUUGAAAGUUGCAGACUACAUAUGUUAUCUCUAUCAUGGAAAUAAUAAAUGCUGGAUUUAUAUUGUUACAGUAUAUUUGAGAUUGUGUCUUUUGUGCUUUAGAGCGACGGUGCUCACUCACGCCAAGCAAUCAUUGUAAAAUGUAAUAUAUUAUACAGUAUUAAUGUAGACAAAAAACACAUAGAGGAAUUCACGAUCACGUUGUAUUUGUGCGUUCCAACAUUCCAUUGCGAAAUUUACACAUGAGAUUCUUUGUGCGUUUGAGCCAAUCCGAAGGAGAGAUAUUCAAUACUAUGUACAGUUACCUUUAGAGAAUGUUCCGAGCGAAAUAUCAUCGUGUAUCGUCUUGUGAAAGACAAACUGUAAAUGUUAGAAAUAGAGAAUUAAAAGAGAAUUGUUGUCUUUAAAA